AUGAAGCAACUGCUAAAUACAAAGAUGUCUACAUAUAGUAAACAGAAACCAGUAACUUAUCUGUUGGUAGAAAGGAGGACAACAGAGACCUCUCAUAUUGGCCAAGGCGAAAAACCUGAUAAUCAAAAUUAA